AUGUUCGUAGACCCACGUCCUCAGGCAUUGUCGACGGACUUCAAAACACACAAUGGACGACCGCCGGACAGUAUCACGCCUCGACAGUAUGCCGUAGUACCCUCUGCAACACCGUUCUCGGGCGGCUGCUACAGAGCAGGAUCGGACGGGUUGAGCUACGCGCAACACGAAGCGCUCAGACAACGAAAGACGCCACAUGGAAAUGUUUACGAGCAAGACUCUGGCGGAUUUGAUUCGAGUGUACAGAUACCGGCAUCGAAGCACGUCUUACUAUCACUUUCGCCGCCGAGCGCUACACGUUUCCAGGAUGCAAGCAGGCACGGUUCCACACCUCCGUUGCAUGGCAUGGGAUCGUGGCCAUUAUUCAACACAAACGCGUCGAGAACACACACCAAUCAACAGACCUAUCCUCCGGCAUGGGACUUCCCUGGUGCCCCAAUUGAUUCGAUACUGAACCAAUCGAUGCCUACACAGCGAUACUAUCUGCAGCCCGGUUCGAGAGUUCCAACUGUUAUGCCCGCGCAGCUACAGAAUUACUUUGGUCCGACUGCAUCAGCAGGACAGGAGUAUUUCGGACCGUAUUGGCCAGACGGACAAUAUGUUCCGUACCGUCCGGCUUCGAUCAGAGAUGAUCGCUACUAUGAUCAGAGACCACAAUCGUAUGCACACUAUGCCUCGCAAGACCCGUCGGCUGCUCCCGCUGUUCUUCGGCGACCAGGCAAAUUUCCUGCCGACUUUCAACAGCACAAUGCGCCUCCUACAUGGCCGCAGAUCCAGCAUUCUGCUGCAUCGACGGGAUAUGAUACGUUUUCACGUCAAUCGCAUGUCGGCAAUUAUGCAACGUAUUCCCCGGUACAGCAGACUCGAGGGUAUCAGCCAUCGCCGUACCCUGCCGAACUCGAUCUGGACCAGUCUUUGUAUCCGACUCCCGAGGCAGAGUCCCUGGCCUUUCGAGAGAAGAGUUUCAGCUGGGCCCAUCGAAUCUAUGGUGACCUACUUGUUGUCCAUCAGAAGUGCGCAAUGGAAAUGCAUUCAGCAGGUUCAGCUAAUGGUGCGAGAAAGGGCCCUCCCAAAGUGACUAUGUUUCCCAAACCACCCAAGCCAAGGACUCCACAUUCAUCAGAUAUCGGCGUGGGUAGGUCUGCUUCGCAGUCGGCAGCACAGUCUCUGCAUUAUGCCAGUGACAAUGUUUUGCAUCAGACGCCAUCGCGCCCACAAACAGCGAUCUUUUCUCCGCAUCGUCGGGCUUCAGAAUCUGCAAACCCGUUGCCUCCAGCACUUGGCAACGACUCGUUCUCGUUCGGGCACAUGCCGAUCAAACGAGAUAUUCGUCGAAUAUCUGACUCGUCGAUCAGCCACGCAGGCUCACUCGACCAAGCACACGUUAUCCGUCAAACAGCUGCGUCUGCCCUACAGACGAUGGAGUUGCUAUGUGAUCAAGCUGAAGUACAAUGGGUUGACGGCAUGCUUCUCGUUGGCUGUCUCGCAUAUGGGCUUGGGCAGUACGAAAAAGCUCUGAAAUGGUACCAAGCAAUAUUGGCACAGGACCAGAAACACGUUGAAGCAAUGUCGAACCUUGCUGCUACUUUGUUCGCCUUGAAUCGUCGCGAUGAGGCACUCAAUUACUGGAACGCUGCGAUACAGCUCCGGCCAAGCUACUUCGAGGCUGUUGAGCAUCUGAUAGGAUUGCUUUGCUCUGCUCGCCGGGCGAAAGAAGCCAUCGAUCUUAUCGAGUUUGUCGAAGCGAGGCUUAAGAUCCCGAACGAUCCAUUUGAAGGUGGGCUCGGUAACGGAGAUGACUCAGACGCGACCAGUAAUACUUCGCUGGCAACAAUGAGCACGAUUACUUCUGUCGAUUCCGCACAACAUGACUAUGACUCGGAUCGCGCCGAAUACAGGUCGAGCAAUUCGCCGGGGUUCGGUAGUAGCGGAUACAGCAUUCCUGGAUCGGAAAAUGGCAGAAUGCUCGCCCUCAUCCACACCAAGGGCAACAUGCUAUACACCUUGGGAAAGAACAGCGAAGCUGCAGUCGCCUUCGAGAGCGCCGUACUUAUUGCUACGGGUCACAGGAAAUCGGGCAUUCGUGGACUCAUUCACCAGAUUCUCUACGCCUGCCUCAAGAGUUUGGUCAAUGAAGUCGAUCUACAGGCCAAGAUGCAGAGCAAAGAUCCUGUGCUACUCGCCCCGUCACAGGCCGAGGCGACAGCGCGUAAUCUAUUUCCUCCGUCUGGACAGCUGCCAGGUCUUGCGUGGAUCGUCCAGCAAAGAGCCAUCAUGGGUGGAGUAUCGACCACGAGCAAUUCUUUACUGUCGCUGGCCAAGAUCUACCAGGACGCAAUGUCAAACUCCACGGAAGUCGGAUCCCUUCGAACAACCAGUACCAAAGACAUCCUUGCACUUUACUAUCUCUCGCUCUCGCUACAGCGCAGUCCGUCCACGGCUAACAAUGUUGGGAUUCUCUUGGCGGGUGUUCAGCACAGUGCAUUCGUGCCAAGAAUGCCAGACGAUGCGAACCCUGGUCCAAGCUUUCCAGGUGUCAGCCCUGGCAGUGGCAUCAGUCUUGCGUUGUCGUACUACAACUAUGGGUUGAACCUCGACAAGAACCAUGCUCAUCUGUACACGAACCUUGGCAGCUUACUCAAGGAUAUUGGCCAACUAGGCGUCGCCAUCAAGAUGUACGAGCAUGCUGUUGGCUGCGAUCCGAAGUUCGACAUUGCUCUGGCUAAUCUAGCAAAUGCAGUCAAGGACCAGGGACGCGUUGCGGAUGCUAUUGGAUACUAUAAACGGGCUGUCGCCUCAAACCCGAACUUCGCGGAAGCGGUAUGUGGACUGGCAACGGCUCUGAACAGUGUAUGCAAUUGGCAAGGCAGAGGUGGUGUGUUCGCUGAUGAUGGUGCCCGAGACCGUGUGCACGUCGAUGAGAAUGGGCGUCCUUCUGAUGCCACUCGGAGCUAUGGCUGGAUGAAUCAAGUCGUUGAGAUCGUGGAGAAGCAAUUGAAGGAAGGUGGGAGCUGGGGAAUGGGUACACUUUCGCCGACAGUCAUCAACAUCCUUUGUCAAGAGCUCACCACUCAUCUCAUGUCCAAUGGAGCUCGCGGAAAUCUAGAUACUGCUCUUCGAGCAUCGUUGCGGUCUUGGUCUGGCAAGCCGUGGGAAGGAUCUAGGAUUGUCAGGCUCGUCGAGCGAGCUAUCCGUCGCAUUGGCUGGCAGUGGUACCAGGACCGCUACAAGGAAGGCAAAGAAUACCCGAAGCAGCGAUACACAAGACCAACGCUACCAUUGGCAUUGUCUUCGCCCACAGCACCAACCGUCCUACCGUUCCACACCUUCACGACGCCUCUAUCUGCCAAAGGUGUUCGACAAAUUUCUCAGCGCAAUGCGCAGCGAAUAUCGGUCUCUACUUUGCGAUCAGCCUGGCUCCCGAAGACAGUUUACCCUCCGCCGCCACCUCCUCGACCUCACCUUAAUGUCGGAUACGUCUCCUCCGACUUCAACAACCAUCCGCUGGCUCAUCUCAUGCAAUCCAUCUUUGGCUUCCACGACCAAAAGUCCGUUCGCGCCAUAUGCUAUGCCACAACUCCAUCAGACAAUUCGGACUUCCGCGCCCAAAUAGAACGUGAGGCUCCUGUCUUCCGCGAUGUCUCUACGUGGUCCACCGAGCGCCUCGUCAAACAGAUCGUCGACGACCACAUCCACAUCCUCGUCAACCUAAACGGCUACACCCGAGGCGCCCGCAACGAGGUCUUCGCAGCGCGACCUGCACCACUCCACAUGAGCUUCAUGGGCUUCGCCGGCACGCUCGGCGCCGAAUGGUGCGACUACAUCUUCGCCGACGAGAUCUCCGUCCCCGCAAGCACUCUCUCUCGCUGGCGCCGCAAUGUCGCUAUCGAAGACAAGCUCCACCCGGAUGCAUUGGCCGAAGACGACGAAGACUGGGUCUACAACGAGAACAUCAUUUUCGCCCGUGAAACCUUUUUCUGUGUCGACCACAAGCAGAGCGCUCCCGACGCUGAUUGUCGCCCAGCCAAGCACAUUAGCCAGUCUCAGAAAGACGAGCUCUGGCGCCAAGAACUCAAGCGAAGAUGGAAACUCCGCAAGGAAAUCUUCCCGACUAACGUCAGCGACGACGCCGUCAUCUUCGGCAACUUCAACCAGCUGUACAAGAUCGAUCCGGCCACGUUCCGCAUGUACCUGCGCAUUUUGAGUUUGGUGCCGAACUCCGUCCUCUGGCUUUUGAAAUUCCCCGACCUUGGCGAGCAGCACCUUAAGGCUUACGCUGAACAAUGGGCCGGCAGCGACGUGGCACGACGCGUCAUAUUUACGGAUGUCGCUAGUAAAGGCAUGCACAUCACGCGUGCCUCCGUCGUGGACUUGUUUCUCGACACGCCUGAAUGCAAUGCGCACACGACGGCGGCAGACGUGGUUUGGUCUGGCACGCCGAUCUUGACGUGGUCGAGAUGGAGUCAUAAGCUGUGCUCGAGGAUGGCGGGGAGUAUUCUGUCGAGUGCGCUGCCGGAGACUGAGGAGGGGAAGACUGCGCAGAAGGAGCUGACUGUGAAUGUGCCGUGGAAGGGGGAGGUUAUUGCAAGGGAGGUGGAUAGGAAGUUGAGCGGGGAGGAUGGGGAAAGGGAGUACAUCGAGAAGGCGGUUCGGUUGGGGAAAGGGAUGCAGUAUUGGAACGCGGAGGCUCGUCAAUUUGUGCCCGAUGUGCACAAAAGCGGCGGUACAGCUUCCAUGGUCAGCACCACCUCCCCUUCGAAGACCGACGCCAGACCAAGCAAGAGAAUCCGUCUCUCCCCUGCAGCCACACUGACCGAUAGAACCGCUGCCUCCAACUCAGAAGAAGAGACGCCCUUCACAGGUCUCGCAAGAGGCCGCCUAACAGAAAUCCGUCGCAUGCUCUGGGAGCAUCGCUGGGAAUCUAGACUGUUCGACACGAAGCGCUGGGUCCGGGAUCUGGAGCGGGCGUACUGGGUUGCUUGGGAGAAGUGGGUUGCAGGGGAAGGGGGCGAUAUCUGGCUGUAA